AUGGCUUCAGAAAUCACGUAUGCAGAAGUGAAGUUCAAGAAUGAAUCCAACUCCCCAGGCACCGACUCAAAUUCUGCUGCAGCUCCCAAAGUGAAGCCCGCCCCUCAUCUAAGCAAGCCUGGUGGCCCCUCGCUGCUUUUUACAUCUUUGAUGGCACUUUUCCUGCUGUUGGCUAUCUCAUUCUUAGUUGCUUUCAUCUUUUAUUUUCAAAAGUCCUCUCAACUUCUUGAAGAAAAAAAUGCUGCAAGAAGUGUCACUUUCACAGAGUUGAACUGCAAAAAAAACCAUUCUCACAAAGACAAAGUCUGGAGCUGUUGCCCAAAGGACUGGAAGGCAUUUAGUUCUCACUGCUACUUCAUUUCCAAUGACUUGGCAAAUUGGAACCAGAGUGAGGAGAAGUGUUCCAGUAUGGGCGCUCAUCUGAUGGUGGUCCACAGCAAGGAAGAGCAGGAUUUCAUCACCAAGAUCCUGAGUAAUCGUGAUGCUUAUUUUAUCGGUCUUUUGGAUCCAGGCCAUCGACAGUGGCGAUGGGUUGACCAGACACCAUACAAUGAAAGUGCCACGUUCUGGCACCGAGAUGAGCCCAACAAUGACAAAGAACAAUGUGUUAUAUUCAAUCGACUUUCUGGUUGGGGCUGGAAUGACAUACCUUGCAGUGAUACACAGAAGUCAGUUUGCCAGAUGAAGAAAAUAUACUUAUGA